AUGCAACUAAUUCAAUUUCUAUUAAGCUUCUUAGCUAUAACCACUUCUCUCACUUUUGCCAAGGGUAACAAGGCUAAGGCUCAAGGUAAAGUGGCCACUUCUAAUGCAGAACCAGUCAUUACUGAUAAAGUUUACUUCGAUAUCCAACACGGUAAGAAAUCUGUUGGUAGAAUUGUCAUGGGGUUAUACGGUGAAGUUGUUCCUAAAACUGCUAAGAACUUUUACGAGUUAGCCACUUCUGAUGAUCCAGACAUGGGUUUUAUCAACUCCAUCUUCCACAGAGUUAUUCCUCAAUUCAUGAUCCAAGGUGGUGAUUUCACUCAUGGUACCGGUACUGGUGGUAAAUCUAUCUAUGGUAAUAUGUUUGCUGAUGAGAAUUUCUCCAUUAAACAUGACAAACCAGGUAGAUUAUCCAUGGCCAACAGAGGUAAGGACACCAACGGUUCUCAAUUCUUCAUCACCACUGUUCCAACUCCAUGGUUAGAUGGCAGACACGUUGUCUUUGGUGAAGUUCUAGAAGGUAUGGACGUUGUUCAUUACAUCGAAAACGUCCCAACUGACAGAUCUGACAAACCAAGAGAAACCAUCAAGAUUGUUAAAUGUGGUGCUCUUGACAUUGUUAAAGAACACGGUAACGGUAAGAAACCUGUUGAUGAAUUAAAAUAG